GCGCAGUUGAGGUUCCAAGAGUGCAUAGCAGCACAGCAAGAGUGGAAACAGAUUCAUCAUCUCUGUUACUGGGAACUGAUGUGGUGCUACACCUUCCAGCAGAACUGGCUUCAAGCAUAUCGGUAUGCAGACCUGCUGAGCAAAGAGAGCAGGUGGUCUAAGGCAAUAUAUGUAUUCCAGAAGGCAGCAAUUCUAUGUAUGCUUCCAGAAGAUGACUUGAAAGCGACUGGUGAGGACAUUGUAUCUUUGUUCAGACAAGUGGAGGGUCUAAAACAGAGAAUUGCAGGAAAAUCUAUCCCAACUGAAAAGUUUGCAGUAAGGAAGGCUCGACGCUAUGCAAAUCCUCAACCGGUGAAGCUGGUAUUACCUGCCUUGGAAAUGAUGUAUGUCUGGAAUGGCUUUGCAAUUGUGGCCAAAAGAUCUGACCUCACUGAAAACUUAUUGGUAACAAUUGAAAAAGAAGAAGCUGCACUACAAAAUGAAACCAGUAAUGAAUACUAUAUGGAUGAUAUAUGCAUGUUGCAGUUACUGAAAGGCCUCUGCCUGAAACAUUUGGGAAGACUCAUGCAAGCUGAACUGUGUUUCAGUAAAGUAAUUCAAAG